AAAGUAGUAGAUCUUUUAGCCCCUUAUCGCCGUGGAGGAAAAAUAGGACUUUUCGGUGGAGCUGGUGUAGGUAAAACGGUACUCAUUAUGGAAUUGAUCAAUAACAUUGCCAAAGCUCAUGGAGGUGUAUCCGUAUUUGGCGGAGUAGGUGAGCGUACUCGUGAGGGAAAUGAUCUUUACAUGGAAAUGAAAGAAUCCGGAGUAAUUAAUGAACAAAAUAUUGCAGAAUCAAAAGUAGCUCUAGUAUACGGUCAAAUGAACGAACCGCCCGGAGCUCGUAUGAGAGUUGGUUUAACUGCCCUAACUAUGGCGGAAUAUUUUCGAGAUGUCAAUGAGCAAGACGUACUUCUAUUUAUUGACAAUAUCUUCCGCUUCGUCCAAGCAGGAUCUGAAGUAUCUGCCUUAUUGGGUCGAAUGCCCUCUGCUGUGGGUUAUCAACCCACCCUUAGUACUGAAAUGGGUUCUUUACAAGAAAGAAUUACUUCUACCAAAGAAGGGUCCAUAACUUCUAUUCAAGCAGUUUAUGUACCUGCAGACGAUUUGACCGAUCCUGCUCCUGCCACGACAUUUGCACAUUUAGAUGCUACUACUGUACUAUCAAGAGGAUUAGCGGCCAAAGGUAUCUAUCCAGCAGUGGAUCCUUUAGAUUCAACGUCAACUAUGCUCCAACCUCGGAUCGUUGGUGAAGAACAUUAUGAAACUGCACAAAGAGUUAAACAAACUUUACAACGUUACAAAGAACUUCAGGACAUUAUAGCUAUCCUUGGGUUGGAUGAAUUAUCCGAGGAGGAUCGUUUAACCGUAGCAAGAGCACGAAAAAUUGAACGUUUCUUAUCACAGCCCUUUUUCGUAGCAGAAGUAUUUACCGGUUCGCCGGGGAAAUAUGUUGGUCUAGCAGAAACAAUUAGAGGGUUUAAAUUGAUUCUUUCUGGAGAAUUAGAUGGUCUUCCUGAACAAGCCUUUUAUUUAGUGGGUAAUAUCGAUGAAGCUACUGCGAAGGCUGUGAAUUUAGAAAUGGAGAAAGUGAAGGAAAUCAUUUUAUCUACGAAUAGCGGACAAAUUGGAGUAUUACCAAAUCAUGCGCCUAUUGCCACAGCUGUAGAUAUAGGUAUUUUGAGAAUACGCCUUAACGACCAAUGGUUAACGAUGGCUCUCAUGGGCGGUUUUGCUAGAAUAGGCAAUAAUGAGAUCACUGUCUUAGUAAAUGAUGCGGAGAAGGGUAGUGACAUUGAUCCACAAGAAGCACAGCAAACUCUUGAAAUAGCAGAAGCUAAUUUGAAUAAGGCUGAAGGCAAGAGACAAACAAUUGAGGCAAAUCUAGCUCUCAGACGAGCUAGAACACGAGUAGAGGCUAUCAAUAUGAUUUCGUAACAAGUUGGUACGUCCGAAUAAUUCUAAAAAAAGAAAUAAAUAAAAAUUCAAUAAAACAGUAAGAAAAGAUAGAAAAA